UCUCUCUCUCUGCAAAGCCCUGCUAUUUAUAGUAUCAGCUGUUGCAAUAUAAAGAAUUGUAAGCCUGAGUGUACAUUUCACAGUCGGGAGGGAGCGAGAGAGAGAGAGCGACUUAGAGAGAGAGAGAGAGAGAGUGGGUGAGCGAGUGAGUGACAGAGAGAGAGAGAGAGGCGACGGCGGCGGACCCUCCUGCUUCCCACAAGCUGCUCUGCUCUUCCCUGCUCUGGACGCGCGCCCCUUCUCGCACUUCAACAAAAACAGUCGCCGCGAUCAUCUGUUCAGUUAUGAGGAAGGCGGCUUACAGCUGGACGCCGGAUACUCGUUUCCCAGCCUCGCACAUUUCGGUGUAAAGAAGCCAUGGCCACCAGCGCAGUUCCAAGUGAAAACCUCCCAACCUACAAGCUAGUAGUAGUGGGAGAUGGCGGAGUUGGGAAAAGCGCCCUUACCAUCCAGUUUUUCCAGAAAAUCUUUGUUCCCGACUAUGACCCCACGAUAGAGGACUCCUACUUGAAACACACCGAAAUCGACGGCCAGUGGGCCAUCCUCGACGUUCUGGACACUGCUGGCCAAGAGGAGUUCAGUGCGAUGAGAGAGCAGUAUAUGAGAACCGGUGAUGGAUUCCUCAUCGUGUACUCGGUGACGGACAAAGCCAGCUUUGAGCACGUUGACCGCUUUCAUCAGCUCAUUCUGAGAGUUAAGGACAGGGAAUCUUUUCCAAUGAUCCUCGUGGCGAACAAAGUAGACCUGAUGCACUUACGGAAAGUUUCAAGUGAACAGGGCAAAGAAAUGGCAGCUAAAUACAACAUUCCUUACAUAGAAACAAGUGCCAAGGACCCACCGCUUAAUGUGGACAAAGCAUUUUACGACCUCGUACGGGUAAUUAGGCAACAGAUACCAGAAAAGAGCCAAAAAAAGAAAAAGAAGACCAAGUGGCGCGGAGACAGGACGACGGGCUCGCACAAACCGCACUGCGUCAUCUUGUGACAGACCUCCGCGGGAUGGAAGGUGAUGGACACCCGUGAACAAAGGAGACAACGCGGGCUGGGUAGGACCCCCGCCGUUGUGAUGUGUUUUUAUUAAGGUUUAUUCCUGGCGACUGCUCCCCCCCAGGAGACGCAAGAGUCUCUGCCCUCAAAAGACAGACGGAAUGGAGCAACGUGAAGGAGACCCUUAAAGAACGUUAAAAAAAAAACAAAAGAAAAAUGGCGUCUUGAGCUCCGGUGACCUCUAAUGGGCCUUUCUAAAGAUGAAGGACCACCCUCGGCGUGGCUGCUGAAACUCCUCACCGUAUCCAUAUGCCUUUUCCACAGUUGCUCCUACUGGAGCUCCACAGCUGUUUGUAAGCGGUGGUCAGACACUCUUGACCAAGAAACGGGGUCCGGGGGGACUUUAUGUCAAAUGAAUGCUGACUUUUUCCACGCCCAUAUUGGGGUGGUCCAUUCAAUGAGGUGAACCAUUUGUGAAGAAGGUUCAAGAGGAUGGAUGACCCUCGGUCUGUUGAUCCUCACUUACUCCGCAGUUUUGCAAUUAGCCGGCCAGCGUCUUCAUCGUCAUGGAACACGUAAUGACAUUAACCGCUGGUGGAGUCUUCUUCAGGGAUGUUCAUAAAGAAGGACAGCAGCCCACAAUGCCAACACGCCACCAUGGCAGGAAGGUGACUUGUGCUAUUCCACUAAGGGGAUCAAUCACUUCUUCCACAUUCACUUUGUCCUUUAUUCAUUCUUUGGAGGGGUCCGCACUCCCACACAAUGGCCCCUCACAUUUCCGCAUUUGCAUCCUCCAUCUCUUCAUUGUGGUGGCAUACGAGCAACUAAGUCUGCCCUCUUCCUCCUCAGGAGAACGGCUUUGCACCGACGGACCACUUGACAUUAAUGGAUGUUGGGAUACCUGAGCCAAUGAAUGGAUUCUUGAUGGAGGGCAGACCGCAGUCCCACAAGACCCCCCACUUUAGUAUCUCACAGCGGAACAGAAUCGAACCAAUGACCCCGGAUGGCAUGGCAUAUAGCGCCUUUCUCAAGUGAACUCUCUUUACAAGUGCAUUUGUGUUUUUUAACACUGCAGAACAGGCUGUCAGUAACAUGAUGCCGUAUCUUGGGGGGGGUCCUCAGGUUCAGUCAUGGGGGCCGUCAUGUGGCUGCAGGCUUUUGUUCCAACCAGUACCCCAGUCCGUGUGUCAUGGUGACUUUUGAUUAAUCUCGUUGGUCACUUGGCUGUUUUGUCCCCCACAUAUUUUGCAUUUAGAAAACUAUUUAUGAGAAAUAUUUGUAUUUUUUCACCAUAUCUUUAAAUGUUUCAUUUAAUUCUCGUAUGUGUGUUACCUGCUCCCUUCAUUUUAUUCCAAUAGUGACAAUUAGUGACAAGCAGAGCAGACAGCAUGGACAAAUGACACUGAAUGUAAAUAAUCAACAUAGGCCUUGGUGUUAACGUUUGCAGUGCACCAUCUAUGUAAUCCAUGCAGCAGUAAAAUGCAUUGUUCCAACAGAUGGUGCAUCACAAAAAUUUGUCAUAAUAAAAAGUGUUGCUGUUUAUGUGUUGCGCCACCUGUUGGAAUAACAAAUGCAAUGCAUAUGUCUCUGUGAUAUGCCAUUUGGUGUGGGAUUUGUAAAAAAACAGCUUGUUGGAAUGACAAAUGCAAUGCAUUUUAUAACUUCAAAUGUUUGUAAUGCACCAUGUGUUGGAAUAACAAAGCCAUAGCAACCGGAUGGACACACAGAUGGACAGUUGUCCUUUCAUUAAGAUGGAUGUCUGUGAUGCACCCUUUGUUGGAAUGGCAGAGACAUAGUAACUGGAUGGACACGCAGACAUUUGUCCUUUUAUUAAGGUGGAUAUCUGUGAGGCACCAUUUGUUGGAAUGGCAGAGACAUACUGUAGUUUCCAGAUGGACACACAGACAUUUGUCCUUUUAUUAAGGUGGUUAUCUGUGAUGCACCAUUCGUUGGAAUGGCAGAGACAUACUGUAGUUUCCGGACGGACACAUAGACACUUGUCCUUUUAUUAAGGUGGAUAUCGGCGAUGCACCAUUCGUUGGAAUGGCAGAGACAUACUGUAGUUUCCAGAUGGACACACAGACACUUGUCCUUUUAUUAAGGUAGAUGCCCUUCACUUUAGAAUGCAAUUUCUUGUGGUAUAUUCACAGGCAAUACAAUUGAAGAAAUAACUUAGACUUGAAAAACACCAAACUUUUUCUUUAACUUAGUAAGAAGUCCAAUUAGAAGAGGAAGUUGGAUGAGACAAAAACCUGCAGCCACAGUGGGGGUCUCCUAGGACUGAACUUGCGAACCCCCGCUGCAUUGCACUCCAGGCUUAAAAACGAAAGUAAAGUGAAGUGGACGCAGUCCGUGCCGACGCAAUUUCUAACUCUUCAAGUGCAGUUUAACAACAGGUGGGCUACGUGACUUACUCGGGGUCACACAGAAUUCAACCAGCAACGAAUGCCUUAGCCACUAAGCCAUAUUGAGAACUUCAAGCCGGUUUAAAAUCCUUGGAUAUUAUGAAGGCCCCCCCCCAUCAUGAUUUAGGUGCCUGUCCCCCCCCUCACAAGUGGACCUCGGGUUUUCAUUCUCGUAGAAUGUUCUAGAGCUCCAAACUAUUGAAUCCAGUGUUCCAUCCUUUUUUCAGGAGAACCUGAAGGUCGACUUGGCCUUGUCAGACCCCACUUUUGAGGUGUGCUCGGCCAUCUUGUCUGCGUUUAAAACGUGAAGAAGAACAUGACAGGGCGAGGACUGAAAACGAAAAGUUAAUGGAGAAGAAGAAAUGGCGGAGUCCGAGAGCCUGUUUGUAUUAGGAAUGAAAGAAA